UUGAAAUAUUGGAUCCGUCGUUCACCGAAGCCCGAAAGAAGGUUUAUUAUUAGUAGCUUUGUAACUCACACCGAAUAAAACUCUACAAGAAACACCAUUUUCAGAUUAAAAAUGGGCAUGAAAGCAAUGGAUUUUUCACUCAGAAUCGAUCCAUCUUUUUGCUUUGCCCAAAACCCACCAAAACCUUCCUCCAAACUUAGAUUUCUCACUGUUAGAUGUUCCCUCACUCUCUCCUCUGACGGUGCCGCCACUGGGUUGGUGGAGAGGCCAUGGAAGUUAGCGGAUGCUAGGCUGGUUCUUGAAGAUGGUUCCAUUUGGAGGGCCAAAUCUUUUGGUGCCUCUGGAACCCAAGUCGGCGAAGUGGUUUUCAACACUUCUUUAACAGGGUAUCAGGAAAUUCUAACAGACCCUAGUUAUGCUGGUCAGUUUGUCCUGAUGACCAAUCCACAUAUUGGCAAUACUGGAGUAAAUUUUGAUGAUGAAGAAUCGAGGCAGUGCUUUCUUGCUGGUCUGGUGAUCAGAAGUCUAAGUAUUAAUACUUCAAAUUGGAGAUGUGUGGAAACCCUCGGUGACUAUUUAGCAGAAAGAAAUAUUAUGGGAAUCUAUGAUGUUGACACACGUGCAAUCACCCGCAGAUUGAGGCAAGAUGGCAGUCUUAUUGGGGUUUUAAGCACAGAACUAUCUAGAAGUGAUGAAGAACUUUUGGAAAUGUCACAUUCGUGGGACAUUGUAGGUAUUGAUUUAAUAAGUGGCGUUACCUGCAAUGCCCCUUAUGAGUGGGUUGAUAAAACAAAAUCAGAAUGGGACUUCAACUCCAAUGGAAGAGAUCGACAGACUUAUAGAGUUAUUGCCUAUGAUUUUGGGAUCAAGCAUAAUAUACUUCGACGCUUAGCAUCUUAUGGCUGUAAAAUCACUGUUGUCCCAUCCACAUGGUCUGCAGCUGAAGCCCUUAAGCUAAAGCCAGAUGGAGUUCUUUUCAGCAAUGGUCCAGGAGAUCCAUCUGCAGUUCCUUAUGCUGUUGAAACAGUCAAGGAAAUUCUGGGAAAAGUUCCUGUUUUUGGAAUUUGCAUGGGCCAUCAGUUACUAGGGCAGGCUUUGGGUGGUAAAACCUUUAAGAUGAAGUUUGGCCACCACGGAGGAAAUCAUCCUGUUCGCAACCUUCGGAAUGGUCGUGUUGAGAUUAGUGCUCAGAAUCAUAACUAUGCAGUUGAUCCUGCAUCACUUCCUGAGGGUGUAGAACUGACUCAUGUUAAUCUUAAUGAUGGAAGCUGUGCUGGUCUAGCGUAUCCUGCUUUAAACAUUAUGUCUCUUCAAUACCAUCCUGAAGCAUCCCCAGGACCUCAUGAUUCAGAUUGUGCUUUUAGAGAAUUCAUAGAGCUUAUGAAGUCGACAAAACAAGGUGCUUGAAGGAAUCUGUAAUAUCUGAUGGUUCAAAGUUUUGGGUAUUUUAAAUGGGAUUUCUUCUCAGCUAUGGUUUGGUCGAUAUUUGCUUUAUCUGGAGAGAAGUAAGGAAUGCUUUAUGUCACAACAACUAAUGAAAUAAUUUAGAUAAUUUGUACGUCUUCUAUGUUUGAACAGUACUUCAUGGGUUAUAGAAAGAUGAACACUAUAAUUCAUAAUAUAACAAAAUAUGGGUAAAAAAUGUUAAUGGAAUAUCAUACCACAUAUAACAAAAUGUCAAUAUUUACAAGUAAAAAUCCAAUUGAA